CAUAAAUGCUUUGAAACAUCAAAUUACUGGUCUUCACCAAACUGAACCCCCACCAAGGGUUUCAUCACCCUUCUAACUUUUUGCAAUGAGAAAUUAUAGCGGGAUAUUUUUACCAUGAGAUAUAAUAACCACAAGACAUUUUUUUAAAGGAGGAUAUAUUAUAUAUUUACCAUGACAUUUUAAUAGCCACGAGACAUUUUUUUAUAGCGUGAUAUAUUUUUACCAUGACAUAUUAUAAUCACGAGACAUUUUUUUAUAGCGUGGUAUAUUUUUACCAUGAGAUAUUAUAACCACGAGAAAUUUUUGCAUGCUGAGAAAAUUAGACGUCCACCGCUAAUUUCAAUUAAAUAUUUUUUAAUAUCUUGUUUUUUAUCCUUAUUUACAAAGUAUUUCUAUUACACCUUGUCUAUGUAUAUAUGUAAUGUGCAAAACAUCAGUUACCAAAUUCAAAUUUCUGAACAUAUCGUAUUGGUACGAGCACGGAUGAUACAACAUAAUCGAAUCCACGAUAUAUUACCAGAAGCGACUAGUUAGUGAAUUCGUAGUUGCCAGAAUGUGCACGGUUCUAGUUAGUGUGUUGUCAUGUUCGUCAAGCGUGUAUACCAGUACAAGGGUCGGUCAGUUCGGAGAGCACGAAACGUGUAUAGCAACACAGAAGUGUCCUCAGAGGUGGAAGAGCAUGAUAAAAUUAAACCUGAAAAGGAUGACUCCUUGCAAGAAGGUGUAGAAUUUGAAAAUGUCCUCACAGGUGGAAGAGCAGGAUGAAAUUAAACCUAAAAUGUAUGACUCUUUGCAUAAAGGUCCACAAAUUGAAAAUGUAUUGCAUGAAGUGGAGUUGAACCAAUGUACAACGAGUGGAGAAAUAAAUUCAGAAAGCUCAGUCGCAAAAGUAUAUUGGGCAGAUCGGAGCAGUUUAAAGUUGAUGUGUGGCUGCUUGCAUCGAGUAUGGAAAAGCGAAAAUGGGCAAACCUCCCGAGUACUUAAGGAGAGGACCAUUUCAACCAAUUGCCCGACUUAUACACAGUUCCUAAUCAAGAGGCUGUACCAGUGGCGGACGCAUUCAUCAAUGAGUGGGUUUCGGUGUUCCAAUGGAGUUACAUUCUGAUCAAGAAUGGAAUCUCGGGACAGCUUUAAGUCAAGGGAUGUACCAGAACCUAGGUAUCCAGGAAACGGAUGGAAUUAACUCCUCCAUUAACUUUGUGUUUGACUGUUGUCAUGUUAAAAGCAAUUAGGACCUAAGCAAGAAGUUGUAAGCUGGAAUAGCGAGCAGUAAGUGUUAAGUUGAUGGAAUUAAAUAUAUAGAUAUAGUGUAUAGCCAUUAAAUUGGAACUCAACACAACCAUAGGAAAGACGAAGGGACCGUGCAACUCGUGCUCGGGCGACACGCUUUGUGUUCUUGUUCGUAACAGCAAAGUUGCUAACAUUUUCAGCACUCUUUUUCAUUUUGAAGUUGAUUUCAUGGUUGCAAGAGUGCUCGGUUUCAAAUGAAUGUAUACCAUUCGUUAAGAAAUUUGAAUUCUGCUAUCUAUUUUUUAUAUGUAUUAUACAAAUAUGUGUAUAUAAUAUUAUAGAAAUAUUUUGAAAAUUCUACCACAUACAUGAUAAUUCAUUGCAAGCAAAAUGAGACCUUCAUCCUAACAUACAAAUGAAAUAUGCAACAUACGCUAAGUGUCGCUUAGCCGAUGAGCACCAACAUUUGCCAACAUUUUAUGGAAAGACAUGAUAAACUCGAUACGAAAUGCUGGAUUCUUUUUGCUCGUGUAAACGCACAAAGCGACACCAAAAAUGAGUUUACCAAUAAUGAGCUUCAAAACAGUUUGAGCGACGGAAAGAAUCCGCCUGUGAGCCCACACUUAGCAAUAUUGACAGCAAUAUCGACGACGUCUAUUGACUGUCGAAAUGCGCCUUAAUAAGUUUGUGUUUAUCGAUAGUUGAGUUAAAUGUGAAUGCGAAUGGUCUUUAGCGCGUUGGUUUAGAAAAAAAAAAUUGUUGAAAAAGUCAUUUGGUGGUUAUAGUGGUUGCGGGUUUAUUACAGUUUAGAUUGAAGUGUACUUCGAAUAUUAUUUUCUUUAAUAUACUUGUAUUAUUAAGGUUGAGGUAAGUCAAAUUUUAAUUAUAUUAGGCUACGUAUGUGUUAAUUGAAAUUAAGCCGCCAUCUUUGAGUAUUCAACGUGUGCAGUAAAUAGUAGCGUUAAUCUACGUGUUGUAAGAAGUUUCUCCCGUCUCGUGUUUUAACGUUUGCUUCUGCGUCAAAUGCCUAUUGAAUCUCGGGGAUAAUUUAACCGCAUCCGUUCCGUCAACUAUCGCUUGUUGCUGUUUUACCGAAAGCUCAGUUUCGCCGCGCAACUUUUUCGUUUAGUCCUCCUUUUGCAAGGACCAGAUAAUUUUCAACACCAAAUCGUAAGUUACAUACGAACAUCAGUUGAAAUGCCCGGAGCAGGCACUUUCAAACUAUUUAUAGGGAAUCUUGAUGAAAAGACGCAGGCUACUGAACUGCGACUACUAUUUGAGAAAUACGGUACCGUUGUGGAAUGUGAUAUCGUGAAAAAUUAUGGCUUUGUUCAUAUGGAAACAGAACAGCAGGGACGCGACGCUAUCCAAAAUUUGAACGGGUACAUUUUGAAUGACAAUGCUAUAAAAGUGGAAGCGGCGAAAAGUCGUCGCGCACCUAAUACGCCAACAACGAAAAUCUUCGUGGGAAAUUUAACGGAUAAAACGCGAGCACCCGAGGUGCGCGAAUUAUUUCAAAAGUAUGGAACCGUCGUCGAGUGUGACAUCGUUCGUAACUACGGUUUCGUUCACUUGGAUUGCAUCGGUGACGUGCAAGAUGUCAUCAAGGAGUUGAAUGGUCGCGUCGUCGACGGUCAGCCACUUAAAGUCCAAGUUUCUACUAGCCGUGUACGCCCUAAACCUGGCAUGGGUGAUCCGGAGCAGUGCUAUCGUUGCGGUCGUUCCGGCCAUUGGUCUAAAGAAUGUCCACGAUUAUACGGCGGUGAUCGCGGUUUAAGUGCCGGCGGCUAUAGAGACCGAAUGUACGGUCGUGAUCCGUAUCCUCCACCACCACCACCACCACCAUUCUUACGCGACAGGAUCAUGGAUGGCUUUAGGGAUUAUGAUUACUAUGAUCGUAGGUUUGAAGAUACCCGCGAUUUAUUCGAAAGGCGGUACCAAAGCUCCAGAAUGCGUGAUUUCCCUCCUCCACCCCUAUCUCGUCGAGAACCUAUGCCUCUUCCCCCGCCGCUUAGUGGCAGUAUAAGAGGUAGCAGCUUGUCCCGUGGUUACGAUUCAAUGUUUAGUCGUAGGUCUCCACCACCUCGAAGCAGCAAUGGACUUGGUCGCUAUGGCUAUGAAGAUUUCAGUCGAGAUUCAUUCGAUGAUAGAAUGAUUUCCUCCAGGGGAAUGCGCGGACCAUCACCGCCUGGUCGCCGCUAUGCACCGUACUGAGAUGAACUUUACUUCGGCCGCAUGACUUAUAUGAGUGGCAGUUUGUGUGAAGAAUAAAUGCAUACAGUUCACAGUCAAAUGACAAUUCAUUAGAUGUAUUAUUAUUAAUCCUUCAACUAAUUUUUUCAAUAUUUAAAUAAUUUUACUGAUUUUCAAAAAGGAAAAAAUUGUAUAUAUUUACAAUUUAAAUGCAAAAUUAUGUUACUAGUUUUCUGAUUACAUAAUGCACACACUAUACCAGAUACAACAUACAACGUAUUAAAUACAUAAAGUUAAAUUAUAACUAAAUAAUAGUAAUUGAUAAAACAAACCCAACAAUUCUAAAAAUAUAGUACUAUUUCUGGCUACAUCAAUAAAGACAUUGAAAUUUACGAAAAACUUU